AUUAAUGCAAUCACCUCAGUUCUAGAAAUCAAAUGACAAUUCAUCAAAAAACGAAUAAUUUACUUACGGAUGGUUACCAAUUAAAAAUGACAUAGAAUAAUCAAUUGUCACAUAUUUAGAUCAGUUGGGAAUUAAUCAAUUGACUUAAGUCGAAAAAUAUUGCAAUUAAAGAAAUUCAUUAUAUUCUCUUGAUACAGCAUAAACACCACCAAAAUCCUAAAGAAGAAUUUCACUGAAUUUAGAUUCAGAACUUUUUUAAAGAAGAAGUUUUAGAAUGUGUUCUGAUUAGAUAUGAAAUAAAAACGAAAGAAUAGAGAG